AUGCCCAAAGCUCCACCCCCUAGUCCACCUGUGGACAGCAUCGAGGCAACCAAGUACGCAUUUCAGGACAAUGUGUACUAUCUACAACAAGGUACAAGUGAGAAUAUCCAGCGUCCUAUGGGUCGGCAGUCACUGAGAUUGCAUAUCUUGCAGAUUAAGGAUGAGGCUACCCAGCAGAUUUACAAAAUUGCGACUUCGGAUAUGAGGAAGCGGCCUGGUGCUUGA